GAGAGUAAGUUAUCCUCGACGGCCGACCAACGAAUUAUCGUUUUCUUGCCUUGACCAUUACUUAGGUCACUCCUUUGUCGUCGUCCUCGUCGUCCCCAUCGACGGGAAUGGAGCCAUUCCAUGCAAAAUUAUUGGCUGCAGCUACGGGGUCCACCAUGACCGCCCUGACAAUGACCCCGUUUGACGUCGUAAAGACUCGGAUACAGACUCAACCUCCAGAGCCAUUAUUUCCACGUCCACCACCAUACACAUGUUGUCAGCCAUCCCACAUACCCUGCGUUCGAAAUAUGUCCUCUUAUGCUCGUCCUCUUAUUGAAAGUGAGGUCGUGUGUGUGAUGGACCAUGGCGUGUUUAGAACAGAACGAAUCAAUGGCUUCCUUGAUGCUGUAAGACACAUAUGGCGCGCGGAGGGCGUGCCAGGACUGUGGAAAGGUGCAGGGACAUCACUUCUAAUAGGUGUACCAUCAUCAACUCUGUAUAUGCUCACAUAUGACCAUCUCCUCCGUUCCGUCGUCCCCUCUUUUAUUUCAUCACCCACUCUUGUCCCUCUCACCGCUGGCAUUCUCGCUCGUGCAUCUAUCACAUCCUUGGUAUCCCCUCUAGAACUCAUCCGGACUAAUUUACAAUCAACCCCUAAAUAUAUCGACCGACCACAUACACUCCCUUCUGUACUUCGCUCAGUUCGCACUCAAGUUCGCACUCACGGGGUUCGCUUCCUCUGGCGAGGCCUAGGACCAACGUUAUGGCGUGACGUCCCAUUCAGUGGAGUUUACUGGGCUGGGUACGAGAGUUGGAAACGAUUCUUCGAUUCCAAGGGCUAUGCAGGCCCAUGGGUUGCUUUUAUCAGUGGCGCGGUUAGUGGGACCACUGCGUCGUUGUUGACAUCACCGUUCGAUGUAUUGAAAACGAGGCGACAAGCAUUGAUUAUGUCCGGGACGACGUCGGGGAGGGUAACAUCUACAUUACCGUUGUGUGCUUUGAUACUACGGACAGAAGGUAUUAGUGCAUUGUAUGCUGGGAUGGUUCCUCGGACGGCGAAGAUUGCACCGGCUUGUGGAAUCAUGAUUGCAUGCUUUGAGGGCGUUGGAAAAUUCUUGCAAAAGAAGGAUUGAACAUCACGAUAGACUCAUCACUCACUUCAUAUUUGUAUGCUGGGUUUCUUCUAUUAUAUUCCAUCAGUAGCACAGCAUUCAUAGACGUCAAUUCUCAUGGUAUCUACUCCACAUAUCCUCCUAUGUUAUCAAUGUAGUGAAAGUCCCAGUAUAUUAUUACCCUAGGCGAUUCAUCUGCUUCUUCGCACUGCUUAGCUUCCCACCAACACGGUCUACAUCGUUGUUCAGAUCAUCUAACAGCUCGAUCUGUGUAGCUAAUUCGGAAUUGAUAGCUUCGCCGAGAUGUCUCUGCCUUUGUAGCAUUGUCGUCAACUGUGCGAGCUGAUUGUCCUGCUGUGUCAUUUGCACUUGCUGCAACUGCAACACCCCAGUAUCGUCCAAUGGUCGUGUUUGCUCUGUCUCUUGAGCAGCAGCACCAAACACUCUAGUCACUUGACGACUUGGUGGGCCGAGAAGGGCAGCACGGUCAGACUCAGGUGCAGGAAACGUCUUGCCUGAACCCGAGUCAACCGUGAGUCCCCUAGACAUCUGCCGCGAAACGGUGACCAUCUUCCCAAGCUUCUCGCAGUCAUCCUGUAUGCGAGCCACCAUGUCAGUACGACGCUGCAACUCGCCCUCCGCCAUCCCAUGCAUUGCAAGUGCCUGCAACCCCUGUGUGAGCGUCCGCACUCGCGACAGAAUCUCGGCCAGCUUCUUCUUUGCCUGAACCCCCGCCGUGUGUGAUGCACCAAUGUCACCACGGUCAGAGAGUGCGUCGCGCUUGUUGAUUUCCGCACGCACGUCGCGUAGACGGUUCUGUAGUUCAUGAUGUUCGUCUAACCACGAUGAUGAAGAGAACUGUCCAUUCCCAGAACUGCUCUCUCCGCCUCCCUCAGCAUGACGACCGACUGGCACGCCAAUAAACUCGCGAAAAGCGAUGCUGUCUCGCCACUUGUCUUCUUUGGCGCUGAUGAUGGCACGAAGGUACAAUUCAAGACCCUCUCUACGCUCUUCUAUGAUUUUCUGCUCGCGCGAGAACGUACGAAUAAUAGAAAAGGAGUGCUUUGGCGGAAGAGCAGCUGGUGGAGAGCCUGUCGAUUUGGUGAGUUCAGUGUGUAAUUCCGCGAACUCAGAGUAUCGUCUCCACAUUUGCCAUGAGCGGACAUGGGCUUGGAUUUCUAUGCGGUAGACAGUGUGUGGUUUGGGUUCUGGGCGUGUUUCAUGUCCUCUGAUGUGGAUUGCUUGAAUGGCAGCCAUUUGUCUAC